AUGGCCCAACAUACGGACGAGCCCACUUCUACGUCGUCGCAAAACGAUGGCUAUGAUGUCGAGAAAAAAGACGCGGCCGAUGUUGCGGUGGUGCCUUCCACGGACGCUGGCGAAGGGCAUGUUGGCACAGUCGACUUGGUCGAGGUCGGAUAUGAGCGGUCGCUAAAGAGGCGUCAGAUCAUGAUGAUGGCAUUCGGUGCUGGCAUUGGGACUGGUUUGUGGGUCGGCACGGGAAGUGCGCUGUCCAAAGCCGGCCCGGGCGGAAUCGCCGUUUCCUACACCAUCAUGGCAGCCAUUGUGUACAUCAUGUACACGUCCAUUGGAGAGAUGACAGCGUACAAGCCGGUUCACGGCGGCUUUACUCGUCAAGCAGGAGAAUACGUUGAUCCUGCCCUAGGAUUCGCCAUUGGGAUCAACUUCUGGUUCAAUUGGGUCAUGAUCAUCCCGGCCGAGAUUACGGCCUGCAUCUCCGUCCUCCACUACUGGGAAAGCUCGUACAAGGUGCCGCUGGCGGCAUGGAUCACAAUCUUCUUGGUCAUCAUCGUCUUUGUGAACAUCUGGCCGGUGAAGCUGUACGGAGAGGUUGAGUUCUGGUUUUCCUUCCUGAAGUGUCUUGCGCUCGUGGCCAUCAUCUUCUUCAUGAUCGUCAUGACGAGUGGAGGGAUUCCGGCCACACGUGGCCCAAUUGAGUUCAAGUAUUGGAAGGAUCCAGGCGCGUUUGUGAACGGCAUCCGCGGGAUUGCGGCUGCGUUUGUCCAGGCUGGCUUCAGCUUCGGCGGCGGCGAGCACAUUGCCGUCAUGGCUGGCGAAGCCAAGGACCCGCGCGAGACGGUCAAGCGGUCGGUGCAGCCCCUGUUCUGGCGCAUGUUUGCGUUUUUUGUGGUCAAUAUCUGGCUCGUGGGAAUGUGUAUUCCAUACAACGAACCGAACCUCGUGAACGCAUCCGGGACGCUCGCAUCGCCGUUCGUGCUGGCGAUCCGGGCAUGCGAUCUGUUCGGGCUCGCGCACGCGCUCAACGCCUUCAUCCUGAUCACGGUCAUCUCGUGCGGCAUCACGUCGGCGUACAUUGCGUCGCGCACGCUCUGCGCCCUCGCGGACCUGCACUGGGUGCACCCGGUGUUUGGGCGCAAGGACAGGCAGGGGCGGCCAUACAUUGCCAUGACCAUCAGCAUGGUGCUGGGCGGCGGGCUCUGCUACCUGAACUGCAACUCGACGGCGGAGGAGGUGUACAAUUGGUUCUCGUCUCUGGUGGGCAUCAGCGGCUUCCUGCAGUGGGCAACCAUCUACUGGAUGCACAUCCGGUUCCGCAAAGGGCUCCGGGCCCAGGGCAUCGAGCACAGGACGCUGCCGUUCCACGACGUGCUUGCGCCGUGGAGCCAGUACGCGGGCCUCGUCGUCAUCUUCCUGAUCCUGGUGGCCGAGUUCUACCUGGCCAUCUUCCCCUUCGACGCAAAGCCCAGCGCGGAGAACUUCUUCGCCACGUACAUUGCGGCGCCGCUGUUCGUGCUCGACUACUUUGCCUACAAGUGGUGGUACAAGACGAAGAUAGUGCGGCCCAAAGACAUGGACUUCAGCGAGGCCUUUGUCUUCGACGAGAUGGAGCGGCGCCAGAAGGCCGAGGCGGCGGCGCAGGCCCAGGAGCAGGCGGGGCUGGGCGUGGCGGGCGCUGCCCGGCGCGUGUGGUCUGCGCUGGUGGGAUGA